AUGGGGGUGUUCGGCGUGCUGGACCCCGCUGGGCAGUUCCGUACCUGCUGGGACCUGGUGGCCAUCCUGCUUUUGCUGACCGACGUGGUCCUGAUCCCUUUGCAGUUCUUGAACUUGACUUAUUCGGCGGAGUCCCAGCUGGCGGUGGGCUUUUGGAUUUUGGAUCUGGUGCUGAACUUUCGGACGGCCUACGUGGGCAAGGGGGUGCUGGUGCGGAACGGCUGGAAGGUGGCCUGGAACUAUCUGAGGACGUGGUUCCUGUUCGACUUCGGGGUGGUGCUGCUGGAUGCCAUCCUUGAAUUUGGCGAGGAGGGGCGCGCCACCCGGUUUCUGCGGUGCGUGCGGCUGCUGCGGGCGGCGCGCCUGGGGCCGGUGAGCAAGCUCUACAGCUUCCUGCAGGAGAAGUUGGACUCCCAGGUGGCGGCCUUGGAGUUCUCGUUGUGUCUGCUGCUGCUCUGCCUGGUGCUCUUGGAGCACGUCAUCGCCUGCGGCUGGUUCGGCGUGACCGCACUCGGCCAGGACGAGACCUGGAUUCAGCACUUCAACAUGGGGGACAAGUCCAUGCUCCGCCAGUAUACGUCCAGCAUGACCUGGUCCCUGGCGCAGCUGGGUGUGGGCAGCACUGAGGUGGAAGCGGUGUCCGAGGUCGAGAGCGUCUACACCGUGGGCGCGGGCUUCGUCUCGGUGCUCUGCUUCGCCAUGGUGGUGAGUGCUUUGACCUCCCUGGUGAGAAGCCUCCACGUGAGCCAACAGGAGGAGAAGACUCAGUUCCGGCAGCUCCGGCAGUUCCUGUGGCAGAAUCAGAUCCCCACGCCGUUGGGCAAGCGCGUGACGCGGUACCUGCGCUACGCCAACCAGGAGGCUGCGGUGUCGCGUGCCGCGGACCGGCCCGCGAUCCUGGAGAAGCUGUCGGUGCCGCUGAUUGGGGAGCUCCUGUUCACCAAGCACAAGCGCAGCCUCGGCAAGCUGCCGUUCCUGAACCGCUUGGUCCUUGAAACGGGGGAGAUCAGCCUGCAGGAGAACUAUGUCCUGCACCACCUGUCGGUCCACGCCAUCUCGAUUCUGGACCUCGGCGAGGGGGAGAUGGUCUUCUCCGCGGGGGAGGCGGCCAACCGCAGCUUCCUGCCGCAGAGCGGGCACUUCCAGUACAUGCGGCUCCAAAGGUCCUCCAGCCCAGUGGACAAAACCUUCUGGAUUGCGGAGAUGUGCCUCUGGACACCUUGGAGCUACACGGGGGACCUGGUCUCCGGAGACUUCUCGCGCCUGGCGGUCCUGGACGCCAAAGGCUUCCGGGAGUGCGUCGCCGCAGUGCCGCAGAUGCAGAGCCAGGCCCACUUCUACGCGCAGGGCUACGUGGAUGCGCUGAACGAGGAGCAGGACAAGUCGGAUGUCUGGUUCUUCGGUAUCGUGGGGCAGGCGAGUUUGCUCAGCCGCCCCUCCGCCUCCCCGUCCUUCGCGGCGGCCGCGGCCGGGGCCAGCGCUGUGGCCAAGGCAGUGGGCGACGGGGCCCAGACGCUCAAGGUCCGCUGCUGUUGCCGGAGACGAUCGCGGAAAAGAAAGUCCAAGAAGCCGAAGGCCGUGGUGCCCACGCCCUGA